ACGCCACGCCCCGUGCCCCUUUUCUGGAACCUCAGCUUCUCAGGCCACUCUCGGUGCAGUUGCAGCUUUGCGGUACUUCUCGCCCUCCAAUAUGCCAUUCAUUGAGUUGGAAACGAACUUGCCAGCUAGCCGGGUGCCCGCGGGGCUAGAGAAGCGGUUGUGUGCGGCAACCGCCGCCAUCCUGGACAAACCCGAAGACCGCGUGAGCGUUACAUUACGACCUGGCAUGACCUUAUUGAUGAACGGAUCCACAGAGCCCUGUGUCCAGCUUCUGGUCUCUUCCAUCGGUGUUGUGGGCACUGCAGAGCAGAACCGCAGCCACAGCUCCCGCUUCUUCGAGUUCCUCACCAAGGAGCUGUCCCUGGACCAGGACCGGAUAACGAUCCGCUUCAUCCCCUUGGAGCCCUGGCAGAUUGGAAAGAAAGGAACCGUUAUGACAUUUCUGUGACUGAAACAAAGAAUCCAGGACAUUUGCUGAGCCUGCCCAAAGCCCUUCUGGAGAGGACUCCUGACAGAGUUGUGGCCCAGUAGAUGCCACUGCCAAAUACCUCUUUUGUCUGUGACUUUACUGCACACUUUUUUCUUCCCCAGCCUCAUGAAUAAAUAUGAAAUCAAAUAAUUGAAGAGGA